AGAAAAAGAAAAACGCUAUCCUUAGUUAACGCUACGACGCCUCAAUCGUCGUUUCAAGGGUUUCCUCACCUCGUUCAGUGGUAUCGUCGAACUCGCUGCUCUCCGGCGUCGUUUUGGCUCUUUUGCUUUAAUUUUUUCCAGUUUUUGUCAGUGGUACUGAUGGAGGUAGCAGUGGCAGACCCCUAUGUGACCAAUCCUGGACCAAUUGAUAGUUUGGUACUCUAUGAUCAAGAGAAGCAUGUUUCAUCAGCAGUUUGGGAUGGGCAGGAGCGUGGUGCGCUUCGAUGUCACGAACACACUUCAAAGCUUGAUCAAUGGGCACUUACAGAAAAACAGAUGGAGUUGGUAGAGAAGGCUGGUUUUCACUACUUGAGAUUGAUUCCGGCAAUUAGUCUAGACAACCCACUUAUCUCUGCACUAGUUGAGAGGUGGAGGAGAGAAACCAACACAUUUCACUUGAAUGUUGGAGAAAUGACAGUAACCCUUAAAGAUGUAGCACUCUUGCUUGGCCUGGCGAUUGAUGGAGAACCUGUAAUAGGUAUAACAUAUACUACGUGCAGUUCAGUUUGUGAAAAGUAUCUUGGGAGAGCACCAGAGUCUGGUUACACAAGUGGUGGAAUGGUGAAGCUAAGUUGGUUGAAGGAGUUCUUUUUCCGAUGUCCUGAAGAUGCACCAAUUGAAGUGAUUGAGCAGCAUACGCGUGCUUACCUUCUCUAUCUUGUAGGCAGCACAAUAUUUUCCACAACUACUGGGAAUAAAGUCCCUGUCAUGUAUCUUCCAUUGUUUGACGAUUUUGAACAAUGUGGAAAGUAUGCAUGGGGGGCAGCAGCAUUGGGAUUCUUGUAUAGGGCCCUUGGAAAUGCCUCUCUUAGAUCUCAAAGCACUAUCAGUGGCUGUUUGACACUACUACAGUGUUGGAGUUACUUUCACCUGAAUGUUGGGCGACCAAAGCUCAAUCAUGAUCCAAUGCAUGAUCGCUUUCCAUUUGUGCUAAAGUGGAAGGGUAAACAAAGUGGCCCAACAGCAAACCGUGAUGUAGUUUUUUACCGUAAGGCUUUGGAUUCCUUGAAACCUAGUGAUGUGGAGUGGCUUCCUUACAGAAAUAUGGAUAGUAUGGUAAUUCCUGAAGAUAUUAAAAGUACUCUAAUUCUUGGAAGGUCCAAGACAAUGUUGAUAUGCUUUGACAAGGCAGAAAGACAUCUCCCAAAUCGCUGCCUAAGGCAAUAUGGCAUGCUUCAAUCGAUUCCCGAGGAUGUGCAGCGAUGGGAGAGAAAGAGUCGUGGUGUUGAUGGUGGGGUUGACUUGUCGGGGAAAAUGGAAUCAGAGCUUAACGAAUGGUUGGAUCGACGACUCCAUAUUGUGGAAGGUGAUGAUGGUGCAGAUGAGAAUGAGUACAUGCUGUGGUUUCUCAGAAUCACUCGUAAAUUUGUAGGGAGGCCUAUUUCUCUCUCAUCCGAGUUUCAAAGAACAAAUGCUGGUUUGAGGGAUAUUGCACACAUAGCAGAUACGUUCUCAACAAAAGGGUUGGAUCACCAACAAAUUGAUUCAAUUUCAAGGAUCAGGUUUAUUGCACAUGAGUGCCUGAGGGACCAAGUUGGAGGUCCAGUCAUAGUGUCAGAAAGCCCACAAACUGAACUUGGGAAAAGGGUAAGAGGAAAGGAGAGGGUAAGAAGGAAGGGUAGUGGAAAGCGUUUCCGGAAGGAUGAUCAAGUGCAGUAUAAUGAAGCUAGCGAUGAUGAUCAAUCUCAGAUUUGUGGUGCUGCAAUUGGGGUUGAUCAACUACAACUACACCAUGCUGGUAGAGAUGUAGAGCAUUCCCAGAUAUGUUCUGUAGAUACUGUAGUCAAUCAUUUGCAGCUAAUUCAUGCGGCAGAUGAGGGUGAGAAAGUACAACAUUGCAAUGCAAAUGUUGAGGCUGAACUCUCUGAGCCAAGUCAUGCAGCUGGCAAGCAAGAAAAUGCAGAGGUAAGCCAUGUGACUGGCAAGGAAGAAAAUGUAAAGUUAAGCCAUGCUGCUGGCAAGGAAGAAAAUGCAGAGGUAAGCAAUUCAGUCGGCAAGGAAAAAAACGCAGCGGUAAGCCAUUCAGUUAACAAGGAAGAAAAAGAAGAGUUAAGCCCAACUGAUAUGGUUGAUGAUAAACAGCUACCUCAAGAACCUAAGGAAGUUGAUGACUUGCAGCUUUCUGAUGAAACGAAGGGGGUAAAUGACUCUCAGAUAUCUGAUUCAACAAAAGAGGUUCUUGACUCCCCACUUUGUGAUGCAGCUACGGAGGUUACUGUGUCACAGCUUUCUGUUGCAACUAAUGAGGUUAAUGACUCCAAGCUUUCACAUGAUACUCGUGAGAGUGAUCCACAUACUACUAAAGAAGCAUAUGAUGUUGUUCCACCAUCAUCUCUUGAAAUUCGUGAGGAUAUUGCUCAAAAGGGUGAUUGUAGUGUAGUAGUAUAAGAUAAAGAAAUAACCAUGUGAUUUUGUAGAUCUGUUUCAGUCUUGAUUACUGAAGAUGUCUAUUACAUAAAGCAAUUAUUAUA